CACAUUCUCAGUCCCCAUCGAUAAAUGUCAGAAAUGUAGAUAUUUUUCAUAACAAAAUUUUCUGUAGAACGUUUUCCAAUAGUUUUGGGCUUAAGUCCGCCGUUUAGAUGGGAAAGUCGCUGGAUGUGGUGGUGUUUGGGUCCGCAAACAUCGAAUACAUAACUUAUGUCCCGGAAUUGCCGAAACCGGGGGAAUCGGUGGCCGGAACUUACAUGGAAACCUGUUUCGGCGGCAAGGCGGCCAACCAGUGUGUGGCAGCUGCAAAGCUGGGCGCCUCCACUGCACUGGUUGCCAAGCUGGGAAAGGACGAGUCCGGCGACGACUACCUGAGUCACCUGGAGAAACACGAGGUGGACGUGAAGAAUGUGCAGCAGGUGAAGGACAAUCCCACGGGGAUGAGCGAGAUCGCGGUUUCCGAGGAGGGAGAGCAGUACAGGAUCAACGUGGCGGGGGCCAAUACCUUCCUCACGGCCAAGGACGUGAGCCGGGCCAAGAAGUCCUUCCAGGGAGCGAGGGUGCUGCUCUGCCAACUGGAGGCGGACAUGAACGCCACCAUGUGUGCGCUUCGCCAGUUCAAGGGAGGAGUGUCCAUCCUGCAGAUGUCGCCCAUGCGAAAGGACAUUCCCGACGGGAUGAUCGGACUGCCCAGCAUCCUGGUGGCGAACCAGGAGGCAGCUGCUCAGCUGAGCGAAAUGGAGGAGGUGAAAACUUUGGAGCAGGCUCGCCAGGCAGCAGUGACUCUGAUCGAACGAGGAGCUAAAAGUGUGAUCAUCACGAUGGGCGAUCAGGGAGCGGUUUACAUGUCCCAGAAGAACAGCGAUAUGUGCACCCACAUCCCAGCUGCCGAUGUUCCCCACUUGGCCGAUUCCUCGGGAGCGGGUGAUGCCUUUAUGGGCAGUUUGGCCUACCACAUUGCGAAGUUUCCCAAACUGACCACAGAGCAUCACAUCUCCGCUGCAAACUCGUGUGCCGCCCAUUCAUUGGGUUCUCGAGGCACACAACCCAGUUUUCCGGGAAAGGAAAAGGCCAACAACAAUCUGUGCUUCAUUACGCCCGCUUUCAAUGUGAUUCCACCUCCUAAUUCAGAGGAAGAAAAGGCUGAGGAGGCACAUGCAGAAGCUGCUCCAGCUGAUGCAGCACCUCCACCUCCAGUUGAAGAAAAAGCACCCACACCAGCAGCAACUUCUCCUCCUCCCGAAGAAGCCGUGGCAGCGGAACCACCACCACCACCUACUCCUCCGCCGGAAGAACCUCCAAAGGCGGUGGAGACCGCCAAUGAACCACCUCCACCUGAACCCCAAACAGAGUCGAAGAGAUCCAGCGAGGAAAAGCGCAAGUCGGAGGAACAAAAAGUAAAAGUUAUUUAAAAAUGUUCGUUAAAAAAUUAAAGAAUAAUAAAGGUUAAAAGCAGUACAAAUAA